GGCAGGAUAAAGGCAGAGCGCCGGCCCGGAGUGGGCUGCUGGGGUGAGCGCACCUGCCACGGGGGCUGGAUGAGCUGGGACACAGGGCCGGCCACGGCGGGAAAGAUGCUACACGAGCGGACGGUGCGGCUGCAGUACGGGAGCCGCAUAGAGGCGGUGUAUGUGCUGGGCACGCAGCUCUGGACCGAUGUCUACAGCGCAGCCCCCGCCGGGGCCCACACCUUCAGCCUGAAGCACUCGGAGCGCGUGCAGGUAGAGGUGGUACGUGAUGGGCAGGCCGAGGAGGUGGCCACGAAUGGCAAACAGCGCUGGCUCCUCUCACCGAGCACCACAUUGAGGCUCACCAUGAGCCAAGCGAGCACCGAGGCCAGCAGUGACAAGGUCACCGUCAACUACUAUGAGGAGGAAGGGAACAUCCCCAUCGACCAGGCUGGGCUCUUCCUCACGGCCAUUGAGAUCUCCCUGGAUGUGGAUGCCGACCGGGACGGCGUGGUGGAAAAGAACAACCCAAAAAAGGCGACCUGGACCUGGGGCCCCGAGGGCCAGGGAGCCAUCCUGCUGGUGAACUGUGACCGAGACACGCCAUGGUUGCCCAAGGAGGACUGCAGUGACCAGAAGGUCUACAGCAAGGAAGACCUCAAGGACAUGUCCCAAAUGAUCCUGAGGACCAAAGGCCCGGACCGCCUUCCUGCCGGAUAUGAGAUGGUUCUCUACAUUUCCAUGUCGGACUCGGACAAAGUGGGCGUCUUCUACGUGGAGAACCCCUUUUUCGGCCAGCGUUAUAUCCACAUUCUGGGCCGCAAGAAGCUCUACCAUGUGGUCAAGUACACAGGCGGCUCCGCGGAGCUGAUGUUCUUCGUGGAAGGUCUGCGUUUUCCCGACGAAGGCUUCUCAGGCCUGGUCUCCAUCCACGUCAGCCUGCUGGAGUAUAUGGCUGCGGAGAUUCCCCUGACACCCAUCUUCACUGACACCGUGAAAUUCCGUAUUGCUCCAUGGAUCAUGACCCCCAACAUCCUGCCCCCCGUGUCGGUGUUUGUGUGCUGCAUGAAGGACAACUACCUGUUCCUGAAAGAGGUAAAGAACCUGGUAGAGAAAACCAACUAUGAACUGAAGGUCUGCUUCCAGUACUUGAACCGAGGUGACCGCUGGAUCCAGGAUGAAAUCGAGUUUGGCUACAUUGAGGCCCCCCACAAAGGCUUCCCUGUUGUACUGGACUCCCCCCGAGAUGGGAACCUGAAGGACUUCCCAGUGAAGGAGCUCCUGGGCCCAGAUUUCGGCUAUGUGACCCGGGAGCCUCUCUUUGAGCCUGUCACCAGCCUUGAUUCCUUUGGGAACCUGGAAGUCAGUCCCCCAGUGACUGUGAAUGGCAAGACAUACCCCCUGGGCCGGAUCCUCAUCGGGAGCAGCUUUCCUCUGUCCGGUGGCCGGAGGAUGACCAAGGUGGUGCGCGACUUCCUGCAGGCCCAGCAGGUACAGGCGCCCGUGGAGCUCUACUCUGACUGGCUGACCGUGGGCCACGUGGACGAGUUUAUGACCUUCGUUCCCAUCCCAGGCACAAAGGAAUUCCGGAUGCUCAUGGCCAGCACUGCAGCCUGCUACAAGCUCUUCCGAGAGAAGCAGAAGGAAGGCCACGGGGAGGCCAUCAUGUUCAAAGGCUUGGGUGGGAUGAGCAGCAAGCGAAUCACCAUCAACAAGAUUCUGUCCAAUGAAAGCCUCGUGCAGGAGAACCAGUACUUCCAGCGCUGCCUAGACUGGAACCGUGACAUCCUCAAGAAGGAGCUGGGGCUCACAGAGCAGGAUAUCAUUGAUCUGCCCGCUCUGUUCAAGAUGGAUGAGGACCGCCAGGCCAGAGCCUUCUUCCCAAACAUGGUGAACAUGAUUGUCCUCAACAAGGACCUGGGCAUCCCCAAGCCCUUCGGACCGCAGGUGGAGGAGGAGUGCUGCCUGGAGAUGCACGUGCGCUCCCUGCUGGAGCCCCUGGGCCUCUGCUGCACCUUCGUCGAUGACAUCUCUGCCUACCACAAGUUUCUGGGGGAAGUCCACUGUGGCACCAACGUCCACAGGAAGCCCUUCACCUUCAAGUGGUGGCACAUGGUGCCCUGACCUGCAAGGGCUGCUCUGUGCUGGCCUCAGCCUAUCAGUAACCAGCGCUGUGGCUGGACCAGACCCUGUGGUUCUUACUAUGAUUACAAAAUACCCUUUGGCAAUAACCAUCAGGAAACUUUGGGGGGAAAAGUUGAUUACUUACAGGACCUUGAAAUUACAUGGCACGCCUGGGGCCACACAGUGAGGUCAUGGGAGAGAGUGUGCGCAGGGCUGGGUUUCCCCUUAAAGGGGUCUAGGGUGGGGGCCUAGGAUUUCCAGGACUCACUUUUUGUUAGUGAACUUAAAACAUAAGAACCAGAAUUUAAAGCUAGGGAAGAGAAAAAACAAGCAGCCCAAAUGAUCAUAGGUUGAAACCAAUGAAGGGUUUUUAAACAAAGGGCCUUGCGGGGAGGGGGUCUGUGCAGCCUAGCCUUCUCUCUGGUUGUGUGGCUGGCAGUGUGCUUAUUUGACAUAGUGUCUUUGAAAAUGGGUGCCUCUGUAAUUGAAGCUUAAGUCAGGCACCUGCAAUACAAAAAGAGGAAACCCAACUGUCAGGGCUACACUACAGAGGCCUUGGCCUUCCGUCCUUCCCUGCAUCCUCCACACCCCCCCUGCACCCCCCGCCUGACUGGACUGGGCAGCCCCACCAGGAGACCUUC